UCCGCUCCCACCGGAAGUCAGGCGAGCGAAAAAAAUCCAUCUGUUUAGCUUGAAGAGAAAUGGAACAAAAACUUUGAUUCCUUUAUUAUUCGGUUGCGUUUGUGAGCUAUGGCUCAGAUUGAGAAGAAAGCAGGUCUCCUGAGGAGAACAUCCUCUUCGAAGAAGCCUCUGAAGGAGAAAGUGGUGCUGAUGUACGAUGAGAUAUUUGCAAAGGAAGACCCUACCAAGAACAAUCCUCGCUUCUGGGAUGAGCUGUUUCUGAUGAAGGUCAAUCUGGAGUAUCUGGAGGGGAAGUUGGAGUCUCUGGAUGGGGAUGAAGUCAUGAAAAUCAAAGACAACAUCAACAGUUUGUUCCAUCACUGUGUUCAAGCUCUGGGUGAAGAGCACCAGAUCAAAGUAGUCAAUGCGCUUCAGACUCUCUGUGCGCUGUUUCGAGGAGUUCACCAGAAGAACAAAUCCGCCACAGGCUUUGACAUCAUCAACAUGCUGAUGGGCUUCGACAAAGCUGAGCUCCGAAUGAAGGAGCUAAUGGAGAGCCUGGACAGUCUGCUGUGCGGUGAUGGAUCGGAGAGUCUGAAGAGUUUGUGUCUAAAACUACUGCUGUGUCUGGUCACUGUGACAGAUAAUAUUAGUCAGAACACCAUUCUGGAGUAUGUGAUGAUCAACAGUAUAUUUGAGGCCAUUCUACGGAUUCUGUCUGACGUUUCCAGUCGAGCGCAGCAUGGAUAUGAUGCUGUGGUACUAUUAGCUCUGCUGGUCAACUACAGGAAGUAUGAGUCUGUGAAUCCUUACAUUGUGAAACUGUCGAUAGUGGACGACGAGCCGACCCUGGAUGGCAUGGGAAUGGUCAUCCACCACGCACUUACAGAGUACAAUAGGCAGUAUAAAGACAAAGAAGAAGAAAACCAGGGAGGCUUUUUUUCCACCCUUUCCAGCAUGGUGGGCAGUAUGUUUAUCGCUGAUGCAGAUGAGAAGCUGUCAGUACAGACUAAUGAAGCCAUCCUGCUCGCUCUGUAUGAGGCCGUGCAUCUCAACAGAAACUUCAUCACAGUUCUUGCACAGAGCCAUCCGGAGAUUGAAAUGGCAACGACCCCGGCUACACCCGUCCCAGCCUCUCCUACGACCCCGCUGGGCACCACACCGCCCUCUCUGGACAUGAUGAAUAAUCCUGAGCUUCCUCUGGACCCAAACUUGCAGACGAGUAAUCUUCUUAUAACCUUCCUCAAAUAUUCCUCCAUCGUAAUGCAGGACACCAAAGAUGAACACAGACUCAACAGUGCCAGGCUGUGCCUCAUCAUUCUGACCUGCAUAGCCGAGGACCAGUACGCCGACGCCUUUCUCCACGAUGAUAACAUGAACUUCAGGGUCAACUUGCACAGAAUGCCCAUGAGACAUCGAAAGAAAGCCGCGGAUAAGAGCAUCCCCUCUCGGCCUUUAGUUUGUGCAGUUCUGGAUCUGAUGGUUGAGUUUAUCAUUACUCAUAUGAUGAAGGAGUUUCCUAUGGAUCUCUACGUGCGCUGCGUUCAGAUAAUUCACAAACUGAUCUGCUACCAGAAGAAGUGCAGAAUUAGGAUGCACUACACGUGGAGAGAGCUCUGGUCAGCUCUCAUUAACCUUCUGAAGUUCCUGCUGUCUAAUGAGACCAUCCUUCUGGCGAAGCACAAUAUCUUCCAGCUGGCUCUUCAGGUGGUGAACCUCUUUAACAUGUUCAUCACGUAUGGAGACACGUUUCUGCCCACGCCCAGCAGUUACGACGAGCUCUAUUAUGAGAUUAUACGCAUGCAUCAGGUGUUUGAGAACCUCUACUGCAUGGUGCUGCGAGUCUCGACCAACGCAGGCCAGUGGAAGGAGCCUGCUAGUAAAGUUACUCACGCUCUCGUCAACGUCAGAGCAAUUAUUAACCACUUCAACCCUAAGAUUGAGUCAUACGCUGCUGUGAACCACAUCUCACAGCUCUCAGAAGAUCAGGUGCUGGAGGUGGUGCGCUCAAACUACGACACGCUAACCUUGAAGCUGCAGGACGGUCUGGAUCAGUUUGAGCGUUACUCCGAGCAGCCCAGAGAGGCCGGCUUUUUCAAGGAGCUGGUUCGCUCCAUCAGUCUGAACGUGAGGAAGAACGUGUCUCUGAGUACCAUGAGUCAGGACGUCCUGCUGAAGGAGUUCUCCUCGAUAUCCUGAAACAGCGGGCCUUUGACCUUCAUACUGACACAUCUGAGGCGUCUCCACGUUACACCAGACCAUCUAGAACCGGACAGGACUGGAUUUGAUCUUCAGGCUGUAUACUGAAGCAGUGUGUGCGUUUGGUUGCACUCAGAACUGACUCGUAUUGGCUUCACAAAGCCAUCAGCCCAACUUUGCACAAUGCGAUUUUUGAUUCUGACUACACGGUAUUUUUGGUUCUUGAUUUUAUUUAUUUUUUCUCCUUUUAUUGGCGGUCCAGUGCUGUUUCUGUUGAUUCUAGUGCGUAUUCUUCAUUGCCUUAGUACCAUAACGGAUGAAAACCAAUGUGCUCACACAGAAUUACCGCUGAUUUUCAGUUCUUUUAUACAUUCAGAGUGAAUGCAAACAAAAUAUCCUAUUUGCAUGAACCUGAAAAAGAAAUGUCCGGGUCACAAUUCACCAUAUAUUCGAAAGAAAGAAAAUUAUAAUUUGCAUUAAUCAAAUGAAGCCAUUAAGAUUUACACUCUGACAUAUUUUCAUGACAAACACAUUUUCUCCAAAUUCGCAUUAUUGUAAUGCAAAAAAAAAAAAAAGACAAGAUUCUCAUUAGCAUAAUGCGGCAAAAAAAAAUCUCAUUCUCAUUACCGUGAUACGCUGAUGAUCAUUUUACGUUUUUUAAUUAAAAACUUCAUAAAUUCAGUUUAACACAUACUACCAUAAUGCAUACUUACAAUUUUAAAUAUGUUUAAUAUAUUACGGUAAUGAGAAUUUGUGAAAUUUGCUUAAUUUACUUCUUAUUACCUUAAUGCGCCAAAAACUCAUUCUCAUUACGGUAAUACAGUAAUAAUAUAUUUUCUGUCAUUUUUUAUUAAAAUCAGCAUUUACAUACAAUUUUGAAUAUUAUAUACAUUAUUGAAUGUUAUGGUAAUGAUAAUUUGGGUGUAAAAUUAUAUCACAAUGCAAGCAAAUAUUAAUAUUCCUAAAACAGGUUUCAUUUUCAUGAUAUUUCAGCACAUUUCCUCUCAAAUUCUUAGAGGAAUGUUUAAAAAAUCAUUCUCAUUGUACCAUAAAACAGUAAAGAUAAUUAUCCUGUCCUUUUUUAUUAAAAACAUAAUUCCAGUGUAACACAUAACACUAUAAUGCAUAAUUCAAAUUGUACUUUGGAAUUUAAAUUACAUAUAUUUAUUACGGUAAUGAGAACUUGAGGAGAGAAUUGCAUUUUCUUGUCAUUAAAAAAGGGAUAGGCUUCAUGUUUAAGCAAAAUAUAAUUUCUUAUUUCUUUAGCUUUUUAAAUGUGACCUGAACAUUUCUUGUCGGUUUUCAUGAGAUUCACCCUUGGGUAUAAGUGCAUUCAUUUGUAAAAAAUCUGACGGUCUCUUCAUUUUCUUCGCUCUCAGUAUUUCCCAGUAUUGCAAGACGUUUCAGUGUGGUAUCAUGAACCGAUAUGAAGCUGCAGUGUAAAAAAGAAACAGUUCAAACAAUGUAUUAAUUUGACACAGCACUGAAGAGAACCCGCUGUCUGUGUUGGUCUGAAUUUAGAGCAUUAUAGAAUCCAAACCACUUCUACUACUAAUUAGUCCAAUUUAAACCAACACCUGGAGGAUAACUGAAUAAAACACAUUUCAAAGAAAUUCUUUGUAAAUUCUUUCUGGGUUUGGUUCUAAAUGAGUAUUUGGCUUUCAAUGCCUUAGUAUUCUUAUUUAUGGGUGUUUGUUUCCUUAUUAAAUCUUAUUUUAUACAACAUACACUAUGAUGGCCAGUGUCUUGGUUUGUGUUACAGACUUAAUGUUAACCCUAUAAUCUCAUAGCAAUGCUCUGGCAUCUCGGUAGUGACUUUUGCCAUGAACAGUUGUUGUCGUCUUCUAAUAAAAAUCUGGUUUAACUUUUU